GGUAGCUCAGUCAGCCGCGCGUAUUUCAGAACAUCCCUAUUUUAAAGUCCUUUUGGACUGGGUGCCAGCUGAAAAGGGGGAAGACUCCUAGUAAAAGUCUUAGUGCUGAUAGAUUGACGACCAAAAUUUAAAAAGUGACUCCCUCCGUUACCUCCUCUCCUUGCUGCGAGGCAGAUGGGAGCCAUGGCUAACCCCUUACUCUGCUGCCUCCUGCUCGUUCACCUGGGAUUGGGAGCUGCCGGCGCCAGCCGCGACCCUCCAAGUCGGACGGAUUCCUCUCGAGAGAAGACCCUGAGGGCGAAGCAGCACGCCCAGCAGCCGGCUCGAGCCUCUGCCUCGGACCCCUCGGCUCCCUGGAGCCGCUCCACCGACGGCACCAUCUUGGCGCAGAAAAUCGCCGAGGAGGUGCCCAUGGACGUGGCCUCUUACCUCUACACCGGGGACUCCCACCAGCUGAAGCGAGCCAACUGCUCCAGCCGCUACGAGUUGGCGGGCCUGCCGGGGAAGUCGCCUGCCCUAGCCAGCUCCCAUCCCUCCUUGCACGGGGCGCUGGACACGCUGACACACGCCACCAACUUCCUCAACAUGAUGCUGCAGAGCAAUAAGUCGCGGGAGCAGAACUCGCAGGACGACCUGGAGUGGUACCGGGCACUGGUGCGGAGCCUCCUGGAGGGUGAGCCCAGCAUCUCCCGGGCGGCCAUCACCUUCAGCACCGAGUCGCUGUCCGCCCCAGCCCCGCAGGUCUUCCUCCAGGCUACGCGCGAGGAGAGUCGCAUCCUGCUCCAGGACCUGUCCUCCUCAGCACACCACCUGGCCAACGCCACGCUGGAGACCGAGUGGUUCCACGGCCUCCGGCGCAAGUGGAGGACUCACUUGCACCGCCGCGGCUCCAAUCAGGGGCCCCGGGGCCUGGGCCACAGCUGGCGGCGCAGGGACGGUCUUAGCGGGGACAAGAGCCACGUCAAGUGGUCUCCGCCUUAUCUGGAGUGCGAGAACGGCAGUUACAAGCCCGGGUGGUUGGUCACUCUCUCCGCUGCUUUCUACGGGUUGCAGCCUAACCUGGUCCCGGAAUUCAGGGGUGUCAUGAAAGUUGACAUAAAUCUUCAGAAGGUGGACAUUGACCAAUGUUCAAGUGAUGGCUGGUUUUCAGGAACUCACAAAUGUCACCUUAACAAUUCAGAGUGUAUGCCGAUUAAGGGCCUAGGAUUCGUGCUUGGAGCCUAUCAGUGCAUUUGCAAAGCAGGAUUCUAUCAUCCUCGAGUCUUCUCAGUGAACAGCUUUCAGAGAAGGGGUCCGGAUCACCAUUUUGCAGGAAAUGCAAUGGAUGUGUCAGAAGAAGCCCAUGUCUGCCUGCCCUGCAGGGAGGGCUGCCCCUACUGUGCUGAUGACAGCCCCUGCUUUGUCCAGGAGGAUAAGUACUUGCGACUUGCUAUCAUCUCCUUCCAAGCCCUGUGUGUGCUGCUCGACUGCGUGAGCAUGCUGGUGCUCUACCGCUUUCGCAAAGCAAAGAGCAUCAGGGCAUCGGGCCUUAUCCUGUUGGAAACAAUCCUUUUUGGGUCUCUGCUUCUCUACUUUCCGGUUGUUAUUUUGUACUUUGAGCCAAGCACAUUUCGCUGUAUUCUCCUAAGAUGGGUCCGUCUUCUCGGUUUUGCUACUGUUUAUGGAACUGUCACUCUCAAGCUUCACAGGGUUUUGAAGGUGUUUCUUUCACGAACAGCCCAGCGGAUUCCAUACAUGACCGGUGGACGGGUCAUGAGGAUGCUGGCAGUAAUACUCCUGGUAGUGUUUUGGUUUCUCAUUGGCUGGACUUCAUCUGUUUGCCAGAAUUUGGAAAGGCAGAUUUCACUCAUUGGCCAAGGGCAAACAUCAGAUCACCUCAUCUUCAAUAUGUGCCUCGUUGAGCGCUGGGAUUACAUGACAGCAGUUGCUGAAUUUUUAUUCCUCCUAUGGGGUGUUUAUCUCUGCUACGCGGUGCGAACGGUCCCAUCAGCUUUUCACGAGCCGCGCUAUAUGGCUGUUGCAGUUCACAAUGAGCUCAUUAUCUCCGCUAUAUUCCAUACAAUUAGAUUUGUUCUUGCCUCAAGACUUCAGUCUGAUUGGAUGUUGAUGCUGUAUUUUGCACAUACUCAUUUGACUGUGACAGUGACCAUUGGGUUGCUUUUGAUUCCAAAGUUUUCACAUUCAAGCAAUAACCCACGAGACGACAUUGCUACAGAAGCAUACGAAGAUGAGUUAGACAUGGGCCGAUCUGGAUCCUACCUGAACAGCAGUAUCAAUUCAGCCUGGAGUGAGCACAGCUUGGAUCCAGAAGACAUUCGGGACGAGCUGAAGAAGCUCUACGCCCAGUUGGAAAUCUAUAAGAGGAAGAAGAUGAUCACAAAUAAUCCCCACCUCCAGAAAAAGCGGUGCUCGAAGAAGGGCUUAGGCCGUUCCAUCAUGAGGCGGAUCACCGAGAUCCCGGAGACGGUCAGCCGUCAGUGCUCCAAGGAGGACAAGGACGCGUUGGACCACGGCGCAGCCAAGGGCGCCGUCCCGGGCAGGAAGAACCCACAGGAGGCUGCGGGCGGCGCCGGGAAGCCCAAGGAGGAGUCCCUGCGGAACCGAGUCUUCUCGCUCAAGAAAUCGCACAGCACGUACGAGCACGUGCGGGAGCAGCCGGGCAGCCCAGGCAGCCCGCCCGCCCCGAGCCGGGAGGAGGAGGCGGCGGCCACGGAUGACUCUGCGCUGGGGUCCCCGGCGGGAACGAACCGACCGCGAGCCCUGCAAGACGACAGCCAGGCCGUGUCCACCGAGUCCGUGCCUCUGGUGUGUAAGUCGGCCAGCGCCCACAACCUCAGCUCGGAGAAGAAGCCCGGGCCGCCCCGCACAUCCGUGUUACAGAAGUCCCUCAGCGUCAUCGCCAGUGCCAAAGAGAAGACGCUCGGAUUGGCCGGGAAAACCCAGGCGUCCGGCGUGGAGGAACGGGCCAAAGCCCAGAAAGCUCUGCCGAGAGAGAAAGAGACAAACAGAAAAUACUCAAAUUCAGAUAACGCAGAGACUCAAGACUCUGCCCCCCCAAACUCCAAUCAUUCAGAGGAGCCAAGAAAACCUCCGAAAUCUGGGAUCAUGAGGCAGCAAAGGGCCAACCCCCCCACUGCCAGUUCCGACCUGAGUCCAGGCGCCCCCCAGUUGAAGGACAGCUUUGACAUAGGGGAGGUGUGCCCCUGGGAGAUCUACGACCUGACCCCCGGUCCUGUGCCUUCAGAAUCAAAAGUUCAAAAGCACGUAUCGAUUGCGGCUUCUGAAAUGGAGAAAACCCCAAUUUUUUCCUUAAAGGGGAAAUCUCAUCCCAAGCCUAAGGCAGCUGAACUAUGUCAGCAGUCCAAUCCGAAGAGCAUAGACAAAGCUGAGGUGUGCCCUUGGGAGAGCCAAGUUCAGCCCCUCUUUGAAGAUGAGAAGUGUGUGAUUUCCAAGACUCAGGUUCCCCCAGGAAGAGCUCAAGGGGAGAAUGGCGGCCAGCACCCUGCAGCCAGUGUGUGUGCUGGGCAGUGUGAAGAACUGCCUCCCAAAGCCGUAGCAUCAGAAGUGGAGAAUGAAAACCUCAACCAACUAGGAGACCAGGAGAAAAAGACAUCUUCCUCUGAGCAAAAUGUGCCUGACUCAUAUAACUCAAGUAAUAACUUUCAGCAACGCUUAACAUCACGAGCUGAGGUAUGUCCCUGGGAGUUUGAGACCCCAGAUCAACCGAAUGCUGAAAGAAGUGUAGCUUUCCCCGCCUCUUCUGCUUUAAGUGCAAAUAAGAUAGCAGGGCCUCGGAAAUAAGAGGUCUGGGAUCAUUUUAAAGUGUAG